AUGAGUAAAGUGAUUCUUUUAAAGAAUAAAACUGUUCCAAGUGAUCCAUAUGAACAAAAAUUUGCAGCGAACGGGUUUCUGCCGAUAUUUGUACCGUUAAUUCGCCAUUUCCAUCUGCCGGAAGAAGCACUUCAGCUAUUCAAAAACAGACAAUAUCUGCUAAGUUUGAAAUACAUUAUCAUUACAUCUCAACGAACUGUAGAGUGUUUGAACGAAUCGAUACUCCCCCAAUUGACCCCCGAUGAACAAAAUAUCUUAAAACAAAAAACGAUUUAUACUGUGGGUCCUGCCACCUCAGCAUUUCUAAAGAAAUCGGGAUUUUUGUGUAUUAGAGGUGGUGUUGAGGUGGGCAACGGUGCUCUGCUUGCAGAUUUAAUUUUGCAAUCCCAUAUCAACGAAUCGAUUGAUCAUUUCUUGUUUCUGGUAGGCGAAAUUAGAAGAGAUGUCAUCCCUAAUAGAUUAAACUCACAUGGGUACAAAGUGAACGAGGUUGUUACCUAUCGAACGGAAAACCUGGAGGAUAACAUUGGAACUUUUGUUGCCAGUUGUGAAAGCAAUGGAGAUAAUGUAAGUACUGAUCGUAAUAACACUUGGGUUGUCUUUUUUAGCCCACAAGGCACAGAAGAAAUUAUCAGUUUCUUAAAAGAACGUCCUGGUUAUAAAUUUGCUAGCAUAGGUCCUACAACGAAACAGUACCUCUUAGAAAAAGGUUUAGUACCAGAUGUAGUCAGCAACAAACCGGAACCAGUAUCAUUAUUUAAUGCGAUUAAUAAUUACAAAUAA